UCCGAGAGGAGACCAUAGAGUGUGUAUAUAAAGAGGAGACUCGCCGUGGAGACACGUAAGUAGCGCUGACUGAGCUGGUGAUGGUGUGACUCCCCUGUAACUACAUGCAUGAACGUUGCACGGCAGGUCCUGAACUGCUCCAGGUUUGCACGUCAUUCUGCAAACAUCAACUACAGACGGUUUUGUACUUCACAGUGCAUCAUGACUUCACGGCACACUCAUGCAAAAAGAAUUGAGGGACUGGACAAAAAUGUCUGGGUGGCAUUUACCUCAGUGGCAGCAGACCCAUCGAUUGUUAACCUCGGCCAAGGCUACCCAGACAUCCCUCCCCCGUCUUAUGUCAAGGAGGCGCUAGCUCAGGCUGCAUCAGUGGACCAGAUGAACCAGUACACCAGAGGCUUUGGUCAUCCAUCUCUGGUGAAGGCCCUUUCUCAGGUUUACGGGAAGGUCUAUGGACGUCAGAUUGACCCAUUUAAAGAAAUCCUGGUCACGGUCGGAGGUUAUGGUUCCUUAUUCAGCACCAUGCAAGGACUGGUGGAUGAGGGAGAUGAGGUCAUCAUAAUAGAACCUUUUUUCGAUUGCUAUGUACCUAUGGUACGAAUGGCCGGGGCAAAGCCUGUGAUGAUACCGUUACGCCUUAAGUCUGAAAAGAAGAAGGGCAUUACAAGUGCUGACUGGGUUCUUGACCCAGAUGAGCUUUCCAGUAAAUUCAACUUUAAGACAAAGGCCAUCAUCAUCAAUAAUCCCAACAAUCCUAUAGGGAAGGUUUUCACCAGAGAUGAGCUACAGAUGGUCGCAGACCUUUGUAUCAAACAUGACACUCUGUGCUUCAGCGAUGAGGUUUAUGAGUGGCUCGUCUACAGGGGCCACCAGCACAUUAAAAUUGCGACUCUGCCUGGAAUGUGGGAGCGAACAAUUACUGUCAGCAGUGCAGGGAAAACAUUCAGUGUCACUGGCUGGAAGCUUGGUUGGUCUAUAGGACCCGAGCACUUGAUAAAGCACCUUCAGACCAUCAUGCAGAAUACUCUCUACACCUGUCCGACACCUUUACAGGAGGCUGUGGCACAAGGUAUGCUUCUGAACUGUGAGCUGAUGGGUCAGCCGGAGUGCUACUUCAGCUCACUGGCAGAAGAACUUGAAGGCAAGAGGGACCGCCUGGCUGCUAUCCUUCUGGAGGCCGGCAUGACCCCUGUCGUUCCAGAGGGAGGCUACUUCAUGGUAGUGGACGUCACAUCUCUCAAUCAGGACCUGUCACAUAUGGGUGAUGAUGAGGCCUAUGACUACAGGUUUGUUCAGUGGAUGAUUAAAGAAAAGAAACUGGCAGCCAUUCCAGUCACAGCGUUUGUCGGGGAUGAGUCAAAGAAGCAGUUUGAGAAAUAUAUUCGCCUUUGCUUCAUUAAGAAAGACAGCACUCUGGAUGCAGCAGAGAAGAUCCUGAAGAACUGGACUAAGGUUUAGUUGGCUGCCGUGUCUGGACUUUGGGGGUCAGAGGAGGACUGUGGUCAAACUGAAGGGUCUGGCUUCGACUUCAACAUUGCACAUAAACAGGAAACUGUUGAAUUGUUUUUAGUGAAAUGUUAAUAGGGGUGUGUCCACACUUCUGAGUGCAUUCUGCAACAGAUACUGCACAUUUUUUGGUUUUAAUUAGUGUUUUGAAUGUGUUGACUUGCAGCUUUUAUGAGCUGUUUUGACCAGCAUUUACCAGCAUUCACAUUUGGUGGAAUUUCUCUUGGGCAAACUUAGAUGUUUGUUGUGCUUAGAGUCUGUUAGAAUCUGUGCACACAAUAAAUGCACUCAGUUUGUUGUAAAAAUCA